AUGUCAAAAGAUUUUCCUUUAUUUGAUUCUCCUCAAUUAAAGCACACUUUUGGCGAUACAGAAAAAAUCAAAUUCAUUGUUCACACUGAUUCUUUCGCUUACGUUGUUACAGAAGACGGAAAAAUCUAUAGAACUUUAUUUGUGAAUCUAAAACUCGCAAAGAAGCAAGAAUUUACGGAAUUCCAUCCAUGGGGCAAAUGUCAAAUCAAGAAAAUCGUCCCGCAUUAUAAAGUUUCGCAUAUUGUUAGAAAUUACUCUUUAAUUGUCUUAGUUAAUCAGAAACUAUAUUCAAUACCAGAAGAUGUCAACUCAACAACAAUGAUUCCAACACCCAUUACUACUAUUCCUGAUCCUAUUGAUGAUUUUGCAAUAAAACCAAACAGAGAGAAACUUUUAGUGUUAUCAAAAAAGCGUUUAUUCUUCCUAUCAUUGGCAAACAAUUUCGGACAACUCGGUAAAUCUAUCGAAUGCCAAGAUUCAAAUAUUGUUUGCACAAAUGAUUCGGCAAUUAUCUACGGAAAGGGCGAAAAGCUGUUCAUGUUCAACUCAGAGACGUUCAAUAAUGUACCUCCACCAGCUGGUUCCUUCAGCAGAUUUGGUGUUGCGCAGGGAUAUAUGCCAAAAUCGUUUGAUCGCAAAGUUCUUGAACAAAAUGUCGCAUAUCAGUAUUACAAAAUAAGAAAGAGCGAUUCCAAUGAAAUUUGCUUUGUUUGGGAAGGCCCAUUUCAAGAUUUGAAAUUAAAUGCAGGAAGCGAAGUCGUUGAUUUCACAAUUAGCUAUCCAUACGCGUUUAUUACAUACGGAAAAACAUUUUCCAUGAUCUGUAUUCCAUUCGAACAAUUAAAUCAAAAAUAUGAAUUUUCAAAUUCUUUUACAUCACAAACAUUAUGCAUUUUACCCAACCGAAUGUUAUUGUUAGGUGUUUCUAAUAACCUCUACUUCAUCAAAUUUACAGAAGCCUACAGCCAAGUGAACUUUGUCGAAUCAUCUGGCGGAGACAAGUCAAGUUUAACAGCUUUAGAGCUUUGUCUCUCAUUCCAAGAGUCAGAGAAAGACAUCUCCCUUAUUGAGCACCAGUUAUUCCAUAAGUACGGUGCUUAUUUGCUAACUCAAGACAAAGUAACCGAAGCCUUUCAAUUUUUCCAACGAGAUUUACUUCCUCCUGCACAAGUAUUCAAAUAUUUCCCUGAAAUUUUCCCUCACGAAGCUUUGAGUAAUUUUGAGAUCGUAUCAUUGAAGAAACCAUACUUGCAAGUGAAAGAUAGACACGUAACUGGCAUCAAGAGUUACGAUGUCGAGAAAGUUAAGGCUCUACAGGACUAUAUUUACUUUGUUCUUGAUUCUCAAAAGAAUUUUGACGCAAUGAACCAGUUAAUUAUAUACUCAAUACUGGCAAAAUGUAUUGCGAUUACGGAUCCGGACAAUUUCGAGACUUUUAUUAAGGAACAUUACUCAGAUAUUUAUUUCGAGUCGACAUCUAACUUCUUUAUGUCAUUAAACUCAGUAUCAAUGUUCUGCCAGCUAUGCCAAGUACAUGGGCAACACACAAGAGCUAUAAAAUACUUCCAAAGUAAGAAAAAUUACGAUUCAAUUAUAAAAUACAUCACUUCUUCACCGGAUUACGCUGUUUUGGCCAAAACUCACUUCAAGGAUUUGGUUGAUUACAUUCCUGAGCGAAGCUAUGAAGUAUUUUGCUCUCCAAAUUUGGAUAUGAAUCAUAUUAUCGAGGGAGGCUCAGUAGGAAAGGAUGGAUCGCUGCUAAACUUCAUCCAGAACUUAAGUAACAACCAGGACAUCGUUAAAAAGAUAGAUGUUACGUUAGUAGAAAUCAAAUUUUUACGUUUUUGUAUUUUCGACAAAAACUUCGUAGAUAAGAGGUUGUGCAUGAGGUUAUGCGAGUUAUACAUAAAGAAACUACAGCCUUUGACCAAGGAACGCGCCGGUAAACAGUAUAUCUCAAUUUCGCAAGAGAACGAACAGAACAAGUUGACUCGGAAAGGUCUCAUUGAAGUACUUGAGCUCGGAGAAGUAGAGAUAGAGAUCGAUCCUGUGUUUAUUGAAGAAAAAGUUUACUCGAUUGUUUAUUCCUUCUUGAAACAGAACAUUAAUGGGUCUUCCGAGAACAGGAGCCACUUCUUCCAAAAGCUGUCGGACUGUUUCGACUUGUUAUGCAAAGUUGAGAUAGAUUUCGAAAUAACCCAAGAUUUUUGUCAAAAAACCGCUAAAAAGCUCUCAAUUAAUCCAGGUGAAAUUUAUACAUUAUUAUUAAAUAAACUGGUUGAAAAAGACUCAGAUGUUAACAGGAAACGAAUUGUAACACUUGUUAACAACAAUUCCACAGAAAUCGAUUAUGCACAAGCGAUUUCAAAGUUGCCAUCGAGUGUUACAUUGUACGACAUAUCCAAGCUACUUGAAACAGUCUCUGUUGACAGAGUUAACGAAUUAAGAAGGUUGGAAAUAGAAAACGCACUUUUGGAAGAAACAAUAAAGAGAAAGAAGCAGCAACUGAAAUAUUUAAAGGGCGGAUACGCUCAUAUAACAGGAAAUACUUUCUGUGCAAUUUGUGGAAGAGAGUUCCAUGAUCAGCUGUUUUACGUAAGACCUGAUAACACUGUUACUCAUAUUAUGUGUCUGAACGAAGGUGGAACUAACGCAAACAAUUAA